ACAGUUAAAGUUGACCACUUCCAACUUCCCAACUGACCAAUUCCUGGAUUUGGGUAAAAUCCUGCAUUGUCAACUCUCCAUGCAGAUUCACCUCCUUUUUCCCCUCACAAUCAUACACUAAUAUCCCGCGUGACAUUAAUGAACACAACCAAACCCUCUCAACUGUGACUCUGCCCCCAAUUAAAGCAAAUCGCCACACUACUUGUUCCCUCCCUCCAUUCUUCCUCUUCAUUCCGCCAUUAUCACUCCCCCUAUAAACUCCUCCACCUCUUCACAUCCAAACCUACAUUGCAAUCUCUCCCUCACCAUUCCUUCCCAUCUCCAGCCAUGGCCGCCGCCUUAGCCUUGGUAGCACUAUUAGUCCUCCUCCAGCAACAACAUUGUGCCAUUGCACAGCAAGUCCCCGGCUACUUCAUCUUCGGCGACUCCCUCGUCGACAAUGGCAACAACAACCAGCUCCAGUCCCUCGCCAGAGCCGACUACAUGCCCUACGGUAUCGACUUCCCCGGCGGCCCCUCUGGCCGCUUCUCCAACGGCUUAACCACCGUCGAUGUCAUCGCCGAGCAAUUGGGAUUCGACGACUACAUUCCGCCGUACGUGACGGCGAGCGGGCAGGACGUUCUCGGAGGAGUGAACUACGCCUCGGCGGCGGCGGGGAUUCGGGAAGAAACCGGGCGGCAGCUGGGAGGAAGGAUUAGCUUCAGCGGGCAAGUGAGGAACUACCAGAACACGGUGCGGCAGAUCGUGGACAUCCUCGGCAGCGAGGACGCGGCGGCGGACCAUUUGGGCAAGUGCAUCUACUCCAUCGGACUGGGCAGCAACGACUACCUCAACAACUACUUCAUGCCGCAGUUCUACAACACCGGCAGCCAGUUCACGCCGGAGCAGUACGCCAGCGACCUCAUCCGCCGAUACACUCAGCAGCUACAGAUCAUGUAUAACUAUGGGGCGAGGAAGUUCGUGCUGAUCGGAGUGGGUCAGAUCGGGUGCAGCCCGAGCGAGCUGGCGCAGGGGAGUCCUGACGGGAGAACAUGCGUGCAGAGGAUCAACGCCGCGAAUACGAUCUUCAACAACAAGCUUCGAUCCCUCGUCGCGCAGUUCAAUCGGAACACACCAGAUGCGAAAUUCAUCUACAUCAAUGCGUACGGGAUUUUCCAGGACUUGAUUAACAGCCCUGCUCGUUUCGGGUUUAGAGUGACGAACGCCGGGUGCUGUGGAGUUGGGAGGAACAACGGUCAGAUUACUUGCUUGCCGUUCCAGACGCCGUGCCGGAACAGGAACGAGUACUUGUUCUGGGAUGCUUUCCACCCGACGGAGGCGGCGAAUGUAGUCGUCGGACGGAGGUCUUACAGGGCGGCGUCGCCUUCCGAUGCUUACCCUUACGACAUUCGCCGCCUCGCCCUCGCGUAGCUCUAAACUUCCGCCAUCGGAGACCUUUGAGAGACCAGCUGAGGCACAUCGGUGCGAUUUGCAACUUGCAGCAGUCCUUCCUUCAUUUGUAUACUUGUUCUUGCCAAGCAUAUGAAAAUACUCUGUUUUUUGGUGUUUCUUCUCCCAAGUGUUCCAACAGAUUUGUGUAUUGUCUCUGUUUUUUGCCAACUAUUUUUGUGAUGCUGUAAUGAUUGUGUAGUGAUGAAAUGGAAGGUUCAGAAUCUUGCCUCUUUUAUUAGAACUCAUUGUCAUGCAUCUGUAAGAUAUUGAUUGAAACCUGAAUCAUGUCCCUAAAUUCCUACUUUGGGAACAUUUUGUCACAUUGUACAAGAUUUGUUUCAAAGUCUAGUAGAGAAAUGGACCGGCGAAAUUGUUGGCGGCUUGGAUUGGAAGGGAUGCGUCACUGACUCACUGUAGACAUACGAAUCACUCGAGUUGCAGAAUGUUCCAUUGGGAUGCAUAGUCUUACGAUCUGCUCUUUGCAGCAGAGCUCCUUCGUGUAUGCAAGAGAUGCAGAAAAAGAGAGAAAAAAGGGAAAAGACUUAUCAGCGUUUCUAGGGUGAUUAUAUGUAUAGGUGAGGGAAGAUGUUUGUGUUUGGUUUCGGUGUUACAUCAGGGAAUGUAAGAAAUACGGUUCUUCUGU